ACUUGGUGCAGUACAAAAGCCGAGGAGCUGAUCUCGGUGGUGCAGAAAAUCGAGAGUUAUUCAAGGAUGCAAUGAUGGGCUACGUUCAGCUGCUUCUGCUCUGCUCUCUGUGGUCCUCCUCCAUCUUUACCUCCUUGGGCAUCAGUGUCCCUCGAUCUCCACAGACUAAAGAAGAUGCUGCAGAGUCUACAUACAUACACACCUGUAAAGGUAUAGAACUGCAGCUGAGAGACUGCAACGAGAGACUGACGGAGAAGAGUCUGUACGCCACUAAUGCCGACAAAGAAAUCUUUGACCUGAAGAGGCAGCUGAGACAGUGCAGACUGUCAUGCAAGGGUGCAGCUCAGGCGGCCGAAAUGCAGAUUGCAGCUCUUCAUGCUCAGCUGGAAAGUCUGCUGAAACAACUCGGAGAUACAGCAGCAGGUCCUGCUAAAGACGUCUUAGUCAUUCUCCAGAAGUACGUUGACAUAAAGAAGCUGGAGUUGAAUGUCACCAUGGAGACAGAACCAGCCAAGCUUGCAGCCCUUCAAGAAAAGCUGAAGAAAACACAAGAAGAGCUGAAUAAAUUGAUGGGAAGUCUGAGUCCAUCAAAUUGCAAAGACGGCAGUGGCAGCGGCAGCUUAAUUGCAGAGAUAAGUAAGCUGCAAGCGGAGAUUGAUAAACUGCAGAAAGGAAGUGGAGGUCCUGCACAGUCAGCACAAAUCAAGGCUUUACAGAAACAGCUGGAGGAGAAGCUCAAACAACUGAACGCUGGUGAUGGUUCCUCCAAACAAGUCGUGGAGAUCAUCAGACAACAAGAGGACUUAAAAGUCCUUCAGAGCAAACUGGCUGACCUGCUGAAGGCACAAGAAGAGUUUAAGGCCCUUCAGGCACGUCUGAGAGAUCUGACGUUCCUGCUGUCCGAUCUGAAAGAAGAGAAGGAGAAAGGCAAAGCAGUUGAUAAUGAGAUCGCGGCUACGGAGAGAGAGAUUUUGGCAGUAAAGGGCCAGUUGGAGGUUCUAAACCGCAGCCUGUCUCAGAAGGGAGAUCUGGAGAAACAGCUCUCGGAAAAGAGAAAGCAGAUAGAGGACAAAAUCGGCGGACUGAAGAAUAGCAACCAGGAUCUGCUUGCCAGAAUCCUGAGUCUUCAGUUGGAGCUUCAGGAGACUCAGAUUCGCGCACAAGCAGAGAAGGCGGCAGCAGAAUUUCAAAUAGAAGAUCUUCAGAAGCUGGUGAGAAUGAAAGAAGAGAGGAUUACCAAGCUGCUGGGCAGGAACCGGUAUUUGGAGACGAAGCUGGAGGACCUUAGCGCGGUGUGUGAUGACCUCCAGGCUUCCUAUGACCAACUGUCGUCUCAAAUUGAAAUCCUGCCAGUAGAGAACCUUAAAAAAAUUAUGGAGAUCAAGUCGCUGAGCAACGAGAUAGACAGCUUAAGGAGCCGGAUCGCCGGCGAGACGUCUGAGUCCAAGAUUAAAGAGCUCCAGAAACUGCUGCAAGACAAGAUCAAUCAGCUCAACACAAAGAAGCGAGAACUGCAGCAGAAUGAUCCAGACGCUGGCAAGUUUCUGGCCAUACUAGAUAAGAUGGAAGAGAUCCAGAAGCUGCAGGGGGUCGCGAACCUGGAAAAUUUGGACCAAGUCCGCGCUCUGCAGCAGGACCUGCUCAAACAGAUCAACGAACUGAGCGACUCCAGUCCUGUUAAACUGGUGCUGAAGAACAUGGCCCUGCUGGCGGACGUAAACUGGAUAAAGAGGCUGAUCAGCUCCGUCACACAGCAGUCGCAGAACCAGAUCGCAGCUCUGCAAGAGCAGCUGAAGAAGAAGGAGGAGCUGCUGAACAAAAAGACAGCAGAACUGGCCAGUUCUGGGGACCAAGUGGGUCGACUGAACAAGGAGAUCUCCAAUCUGAAGGAGGAGUUGAAGAAGCUGAAGGAAAAACUGGCGAACGUGGAGCUUUCUUCAGCCGCCCGAGUGCGAGACCUGGAGAAUCAGCUGGACAAGAGCACACAGGAGCUGGACAAGGUCAACAAGGCCCUGAGCGAAAAGGACGCUGAAUUAGCAAAGAAGGUGAAAGAAAUCACCAAGCUGCUCGAGGACGUCAAACAAGCAAGGCUGGAAGCUGAAGCGGCGCGUCAGCAGGCAGCUAAAAAAAUAAAAGAUCUGAACGAACGUCUGCAAAAGAGCGAAGACGAAAAGUCUGAACUUGAAGCAGAAAACCAAAAGCUGCAGCAGGACCUGAAGGAAGCAGAAAAGUGCCAUAAAACUGUCACUGAGCUGCAGGCCGAGUACAAAGAAAAAAUCUCAAACAUGAAUAACACCUUAGCCCGUCAAGUUUUGACCAUCCAGACUCUCUCAGUGGAAGUGGAAACUCUUAAGGAGAAGCUCAGGCAGUCGGUGGGAGACACUGAAGACUUGAGGAAGCAGCUGGAAGAGAAGAGCAGUGAGCUGGACAAGGUGAAAAAGGAGCUGCAGGAAGAGAAAGCGUACUCUUUUGAUCUUAUGAAAUUGCUGGAGUCAUUGCGGAGGCUGUCCAAGCAGCAGGAGCAGAGCAUCGCGGAGUAUCUGGCUGAGAUUGGCCGGCUGGAGAAGGAAAUCGAAGAUUUGAUGGCCACAGUGGCAACCACAGGAGAUGACAAAGCGCAGCUGACCAUCCUGGUGAUCACUUUGAAGGAACAGCUGGCCAGUUUGGAAAAAGUGAAAGCACAGGUAGAGAAAGAAGCCUCAGAGAAGAUUGCAGCCCUGGAGAAGGACGUCGAGGAGAAGAGCAAAGAAAUCCAAUAUCUGAAGAACUACAACUGCGAAGACAUAAAGAAGCAGAUGGAGCAGCUUCGGAGGGAUUUGCAGGCUAAAGAGCAGGAACUGGACAAGCUGAAGAAAUCCAGAGAUGAUGAGGUCAGAGAGCUGCAAAAGAAGAUUACGAAGUUGACUAAUGAUCUGGGGCUCAUCACAGACAAACUGAAGGAGAAAGAUGCGGAGAAUGCAGAACUGAUUAAGCAAGCGGCUGAUUUGGGGGAACAGCUGAAAGAAGCUGCAAGAGGACAAGAAAACCUUAAACAAACCAUGCAGAAACAAAUCGACGAUCUUAAAGAGCAGCUGGGGGCCAAGCAGAAGGAAGUUUCAGAUCUGAAGAACAGUAUUGCAGACCUUCAAGAACAAGUGAAGAACAGGGAGAAGAAAGUGUCUGAACUUCAGAAGAACAAUGCAGCUCUAAAUGAGGAACUGGCCAGGAAACAGGACAAGCUGGCCCAAGCAGAGCAGGAUGUGAAGGAUAAAGAGGCGACCAUCACCGGCCUGAAAAACGAGCUCUCCAAGAAGAACCAGGAUCUCGCCACAGAACAAGACAAAAACAAAGUUGUGCUGAAGGAGAACGAGCGGCUGAGGGACCAGGUGACGACGAUAAACGACAGACUGCAGGACAUGCAAAAGGUGUCGGAGGAGAACGAUCAGCUGAAGAAGAAGCUUAAGGAGGUGGAAGACAAACUGAAGGUGCUGCAAGAUAAAGACCCUCCCAUCACUGUGGUCUCUCCAGUGUUAGAUCCGGACACAGCGCACCGCAGGCUCUACCUGUCCGACGACGGAAAGACAGUGAGGGGCGGCGACUUCCCCCGGCUUGUUCUGAACGGUCCCAAGCGCUACGAUUCCGCCCUGGCGGCUGUGGCGACAACGGGCUACAACUCCGGGAAGCUCUACUGGGAGAUCCAAGUGGGGACCCGGGCCUGUUUCGUGGUGGGCGUGGCCAAAGAAUCGGCUCAGAGGAAAGGCGAACUGAGUUAUGGACCCCAAAACGGUUACUGGGGCAUUCUGAGGAGGAGGGACGGCAAGUACCUGGCCCUCACUGAUCCUUACACGUUUCUCAUGAUGCCCGUAAAACCGACUGCGAUCGGGGUUCUGCUGAACUUCAAAAAGAAAGAGCUAGCCUUUUAUAGCCCCCAGUCCAGGAUGCCUCUCUACACCUUCCAGGACAACGUCUUCACAGAGAAUCUGUAUCCGUACAUAGAGACGUGCACCGACCAGAAUGCGGAAGAACCCUCCAUCGUCAUCUCCAAGGCUCCGUCCGUCUCCUGGCUGGAGGACAAAUGAGCUUUACGCUGCUUCUGCUCUCAAAUGCUAAGCUUCAUGUGGCAGUUAAAGCUUUAUGUGACAGUUAAUCGCCCCAGUGUGAUUUUUCACUGUAUUUUCUGAAAUAAACUCAACGCUCAAACGCA